AUGUCCCGGAAGCAGGCCGCCAAGGGCCGGCCGGGCAGCGGCAGCCGCAAAGCCGAGGCCGAGCGCAAGCGGGACGAGCGGGCGGCGCGCCGGGCCCUGGCCAAGGAGCGGCGGAACCGGCCGGAGUCCGGCGGCGGCGGGGGCUGCGAGGAGGAGUUCGUCAGCUUCGCCAACCAGCUGCAGGCCCUGGGGCUGAAGCUGCGGGAGGUGCCGGGGGACGGCAACUGCUUAUUCAGAGCUCUUGGUGAUCAGUUGGAAGGACACUCACGAAAUCAUCUCAAGCACCGACAGGAGACAGUGGACUACAUGAUAAAGCAGCGAGAAGAUUUUGAACCCUUUGUGGAAGAUGACAUUCCUUUUGAGAAACAUGUGGCCAGUUUGGCAAAGCCUGGAACAUUUGCUGGCAAUGAUGCAAUUGUAGCAUUUGCAAGAAAUCAUCAGUUGAAUGUGGUGAUUCAUCAACUUAAUGCCCCUUUGUGGCAGAUCCGAGGAACAGACAAAAGCAACGGGCGGGAGCUGCACAUCGCUUACCGACACGGCGAGCACUACGACAGCGUGCGCAGGAUCAACGACGACUCGGAGGCGCCCGCACGCCUGCGCACGGAGUUUCAGAUGCUUCAUCAAGAUGAAUCAAAUAAGAGAGAGAAGAGCAAGGCAAAGGGAGUCGACUUUGAAGAUGACCUGCGAGAUGAAGUAGAAGAUGCUGUCCAGAAAGUUUGCAACGCAACUGGGUGUUCCGAUUUUAAUUUGAUAGUUCAGAACCUGGAAGCUGAAAAUUAUAAUAUUGAAUCUGCGAUAAUUGCCAUGCUGCAGAUGAACCAGGGGAGAAGAAAUAGUGCAGAGGAGAACCUUGAGUCCAGUGGUGGAGUGCUGACGCAGUGUGGUCCUUUAUGGGAAGAGGGUGGCAGUGGCACCAGAAUCUUCGGAAAUCAGGGUGUAAAUGAAGGCAGGACUGAGAACAGUAAGGCGCGGGCCAGCCCUACUGAGGAAAACAGAGCAAAUAAAAACCAGCUCCCAAAGUCUCCUUUCUCAGGUCACAAACAAACAGAGGCGAGAACAGCAGCGACUAGAGAAGAAGAAACGACAGGAGGAGAGGCACCGGCACAAAGCCCUGGAGAGCAGGGGCCACAGGGACAGCAGCAGGAGCGAUGCGGACGCGAGCGCCCAGGUCACCUUGGUGAAGACCUUCGCGGCUCUCAGCAUCUGAGUCUGGCCUCCUGGGAGCUGCGAGCAGCGAAUGGGAAGUGCAGGGCUGUGUGCCAGGCUUCCCAGUGAGGCCGUCCUUUACAGAACAGAACCCAACCCACAGAGUCACUCACUGAGUUAGUUUCCUUCGGCUGCCUCUUUUUUGUUCAAAGUUUUGUCCAGUGAUGUGUUUUAUUUAAUGAAAGUGCAGUGAAGCCGUUCAUGUUCUGUGUUUAAAAUACCGAGUUUGAGGGGUGGAUAGUUAGGUAAAAAACAAAAACCUUUUAAGUGUGGUUUUAUUUGCCCUGAAAAUUUAGAGUUUGGUGACCCUGGGAUCUUUCCUUAACACUUGGGGUGAGUUUUGCUAUAAUUGCAGAUGAGAUAGUUUAGAUUAAUUGCUAGACAGUCAGAGGACAAGUUUCCUUUGUUUCUGUUUCAUUUUCAAACAGACAUUAAUAUGCAGGAUAGUUUAUAAAUGAUCUCCAACUCAGGUACAUGUUUAGAAUUAACUUUCUUCUACUCCAGGUUAAUCAGAGAAUAAUUCAGGAAUUGUUUUUCCAAAGUAAUGUGAUAGGGAGGUUGUGGCCUGUAGUCAGGGUGGCAAUUAAACAACCACAUUUCUCUUCCUGAUCAUGAUGUUCAGAUGGGAUUGCAGGCACUGCUGGUUCAUUUGUCCUCAAGCCAUAUGAUAAGUAGGCCUGACUGUUAAUUAGGCCUGGGCCUUGCUGGAAAAUUGGUAGUGUUGCUGAGUGUUUGACACUUGUUUCUUGAUGGCAAGAAGGUGUUGCCUGACUGCUUAUGAUUCAGGUCUGGGAUUCUGAAAGCAUGCAGUCCAGAAUCCGUAGUUGUGAAGGGAAAGAUCACGAGAGUCUGAGGUUUUGCACAGGAGGAGUCUGAAGAGUUCUUCUGUUUUGUACGGAGAGAGUGGAAGACUUGCUAAGGUUUUUCAUGUUCACAUUUUAAGUGAGUGUCUUUCUUUCUUGCUAUUCUAGAUUUAGAGAGAUUCCUUCAGAGGAAAAGUAUCUUGAGCUGUUGCUUAAUUUGUUAGUAUUUUGAAAAUGAAAUCCCAUAAAAUGCUGCACUUUCUUCUUUCUAGUUAAGCCCUGUUUGGGAUUUUGCUCUUGGAAAAACUCUCCAGCACCCUCUAGAAGUCGUCAGGGACUUAGGUUAGACCAGCUGGGCCGAGAAAGCACUGUGGCUGAGGUCCUGCAGUGGCUGCACAGUGCUGAAAUAGUCAGGUUUGGGCAGUGGGAGGCAUCAUUCCUCAGACUGAGUUAGAUGGAUGUGAACUUUAAAGUUAACCCUCGAAGUGGCCAAUCUUGGACCGUUUUUGCCUUUUGAGGACCUAAUAUUGGAAGAAAUAAUAUAUGCUGAACUGAAAGGUGAACUACUGGUUUUCUCCUCCAUCUCAGAUUUCAAAAUUACAAGAGUUCCAAGGCAUAAAGAAAACAAUAAGAAGGUUUUGACAUGUGUAGACACAGCAUUGUGUGGGCUGCCUUUGGAUUCAGUGGGUUGUCUUUAUCAGCAGGUGGUUUGCUUUCUUCGGUUUUGAUUAUGUAUUUUAAUUCUCUGUCUGUUGGCUUUGGUAACUUUUCGUGCUUGGAGCCUCAGUAGCCUCUUGGAGAUGCCCCCAGAACAUGCUGGUAUAGUACAUCAACGAAGCAGGUUUAGAAACGGCAUAGCAUUUUUUCUUUGCAUGCCGCAGGGUCCUGAGUUAGAGCUUCUGGCGCUCGGUAUGAGAAGGUGAGCCGUCUCUGUUGCCUCGCUGUCUCCAAGGGAGCGCGGGCCAAUGCUUCAGGCUCUGUUCUCCUGGCUUUCCACUGUGGCCGAGCAUCUGAGUGAGCACUGUUUCUUGAAUGUUUGUACUGUGAGGAUUCAGGAGACCAGAUCCUCUCACACGAUUAAGCAGUUAGGAGUCUGAAAUAGCUGAGGGAGACCCAUGGUCAGGAGUGGUAGGAUUGCUUUAGUUCACAUGGUUAAAGAACGUGGCCUUGGGCUCUGUUGGGUUUUAGAAGUUGCUAAAGAGUUACUAUAGAAUAUUGGGUGCAUUUAUUUAUGAAUUACAUAAUUCUGAGAAUGGGCUUCACCUUUUCUUGGGUAAAGUAACUGGUUUUAAAAACUAAUCUAGUGGCUUCAGUAAUUUUCUUUUAUUACUAUUUCACAGUUUUUCAGUUACAAUUGGUCUGUGUUCAGUAUGUUAAUUAUUAGGGAUGGGGUACAUGUAUCCAGCUUUAGUGAUAUCUUCUAAGGGUUUAAAUUUAAACUUCACUGCCUCCAUCCCACCAAAGUAUGAGGUAGAUGGAAUCCAUGUGUUAGUUGGUUCCGUGAGAGGCUCUGGAGAACCACAUUAUUGGCAGCCAGGUGGGGGCCUGGCGUGUUGAUUGGUCCUGGCCGCCUGGUUGGUGGUUACCUGGUGCCGUUGCUCAGGGCACUGCAUAGUAAGGAGUGAAGCGUUCUUAGCCUCUGCGGCUGUUAGGUGUUUGUUCUGUGGGAUUAUCUCGGUAGCUUUGGUCAGGAGAAAGGGGAUGGGGUGGUGGUCCAUAGCUGCUUACUUGUCUUAGAAGCUGUACAUAAAAGUUGUAUGGACUUUUUUUAAAGGUCAAAAUAAGAAAUAAAAUUUUAGUGGCAACAGCUUUGUACUCGAGAGGUAGAUGUAUUCGAACAGCAUAGAGCCACAACUUCUAAAUUAGCACAGUUGCCACCAGGAGAUGUUAGAAGUUGUGUGUGUAUAUUUGAUUUUUCAAUAAUAGCAUAUGCUUUUAGGAGUGAAGUCUGGCUGAAGAAUUGUGGCAGAAAGGAGUCUCAAGGGUCGAGCUUGUCUGUGGUUCCCCCUAUAAGCUCUGAACACACUUCCACACCCCGUGUGAUUCCGAGGGCUGGUGAAGUGGGAGCUCUGCUGUGGGGCAGCUGGGGCCGGGCUCCGAGGGGGUGCUUUCUGAUGCGGCGCCGCCUCGCCCAGGGAGCUCUGCUGGCAGGAGAUGCUGACUGGGGGAGCCGCGCCUGUGUUCCAUAGGUGGGGAUCAGGCAGACUUGGCGUGAGGCCGUGCUCGCCUCGUAGGAGUCCCUGUCGUCAGUGUGCAGUUUCUCUCUUUUUGAGAAACUCUCAGACCGCCUGGGUUUUACCGGGUCCACGUGGAACGCUGUCAGUUUACCUCUGAGACGUUCGGCCCAGAACGCGCAGUCGGUUGACGGAAACUCGGCUUCCUCGUCAGGGCUGACUCACUCAGCCUGCCAGAAGGGCCGGUGUGGGCAGCGUGACGGUGGAGCUUGGUUUCGGUGCCGUGGCCGUGGGCCUCUGACUCCGCUUGGGGUAGACGCGUAGCUCUUCACCUUUUUACCUCAAGGCUCUGUCUCUCUGUGGCAAACCUUUAGACUCAGAGUCUGAUGCAGUUUGUUUAUUUUUGUUUGUUUUGAUGUUUUCAUUGUUCACUGUUUCGUUCAUCUCAGCUUUCAGAACAAGUGUUGCUCAAACUCUGGGGCCUUCUGACAGUUGUUCUGAGGUGAUUUGAUAAUGGCACUUUCUACAAGGUGUGUCUUUCUGACUCUAAAGCAAAUUGUAUGUUUCGUUAAGUUGAAGAUCUCGAUUUUAAAUGAUAGCCAGUCUUCUGCCGUCACCUACGAGAGAGGGGACGGACAGUUGGUUUGCAGCAGAGACACUGACACCAGUCACAAAGUGCGUGCCCAGUACUGAACUCAGAAGGUGCCCCAGAACCCGGCCCUGGGCAGGAUUGGGGCCCUGUCCACUGCCUGGCCCCGUGUGUCCAGGGUAACGUGCCCUGUGAAAACCUCAGGCUCUUACCAUUUCCUCGGAGGGAUUACCUUCUAGAGUCCUGCUCUCGUAGUGCAGACUACUUUGUAACUCGAUUAAAGUGUUCAGCAUCCUUGCAAAGUUACUCAAGACGGAGCUGAUACCAGUGAAGAAUAAUUUCUGUGAAAGCAUGAACGGGUGUGUGGUGACCUUGCUGUAAGCAGGGCGUCCCCCGGUCCAGAACCGCUGGUGCUCACUGUGCCGCAGCGCUGGGCGGUCAUGACCGCUGGGCGAAAGCUCGGCGGCCCACCCUGCCCCUCCCAGCUCGGCAUCCACCGGGGCACCGUUGCCGGUCGUCUGUGAUGGGGUUUGCGUGUGGCCCCAGACCUCGGCCUGCGUGCCGACCCCUCGGCCGCAGUGGAGGAGUGCGGCUGUGGGCUCCUCCCGUGGUUCAUCUUCUGGGGGGAACGGCGCUCGGCCUCCCCGGAGCGACCCUUCCAGCAUCCACCAGCAGCGAGCUCCGUGAGGAGGAGGGAGGGGCUGGGAGCCUAACAGCAGACCUCUGUGCUCCCCGUGCCAACGGGGAGGCGCUGGUGGGCGUUAGUCCCUUGACGAGGGAGGGCAGGUGGGUCUGUGGAGAAUACUGGAGCCCCUGUGGCUCAGCCACCUUCCCUUUUCCCCCUAAUUGCACUAUACUUGCUCUCGCUGCAGUCCGGAGAUACCCAAGACCUCCGUGGGGUCAUGACCCAGAGACUUAGCAAGUCUCGCCUUAUCCGUGGAGCUUGACAGGGAGAAGUGUGACCGUUGUCUGGCGUCCGUAGUUCAUUUCUUCCUUCUUUCCUCGCGUUGUGUUACUCUGAACCGUUCUGUUUUUUAUUUACCAAAGUACUGUACGUGGCUAUUUGCAGUGUUUCCAAAACCAAAUGUUUUCUUUUGUUGUGUCUUUAACCUUCAAUACUUGGUGCAAUAGAAGCUGCAGAGAUGUGCCACUUUAUCUAUGAACUGGAGUUUUGUAUACCAAUAAAUUCUAG